AUGGCUUCUGGUCAAAAUGUAAAUAGAACCGUCGAAAAUAAUGUGAUCACUUUGAAUGUCUGCGGAGUCGAAAAAGCCACCCAACACUAUGGAGCUCUCAGCUGUGUCGGAUGUAAAGGAUUUUUCCGUCGAGCACUUCUCAAGGCGGAUCAGUUGGAAUGUGCGGCGAAUGGAGAGUGUACAGUUAGUGUUUUGCAAAAAAUCCAAUGCAGGAGUUGUCGAUUCAACAAGUGCCUUCGAGAAGGGAUGAAUCCUGCUUUUGUCCGCCCGAACCGAGACGCUCCUUCAAAACCGCGUAAACCGGCAACUACCGUAGCCUCAUGUGACCUAACUGAUCGUGGCAGGACCACAAAAACACGUGAGGAAUGGAUGAAGAAGAUGACAGUUGAGAUGAGAACUAUACUCAUGACUUUGUUGAAUAUUGAGACAAAAGUAAUGAAAGGAGACACUCAGCAGGAGGCAUCGAAGUUGUAUCCACUCAAAGGAAUUGAUAAAUUGAGGGAUAUUGUGGAGACACCGAUUAGUUUGAAGGGGAAACGAACGGAAAUGAGAUAUGAAGCAUAUCGAAUGGCUGGAAAGGAUGAGUUGUGUGCGAUUGCGUAUAGGAGAUUGAUUGCGGCUAUUGAUUGGGUGGAGAGCUUAUCGCCAUUGUUGGGACACUUAACGGUGGAUGAUAAGGAACUAGCCAAUGCGAUGAGCGAGAAUCUCCAAUUCGCUCAAACUUUUUUGAAUCAAGGUGAAAUUCCUCUGUUGACUGAUCUGUUCGGAUGCUUCACUGUUGAACCAUUCUUCAAGGAAGUCGAUGAGUUGGCAGCGUUGAGUCUGGAAAAGGCGUUGACUGAGAAGAAGGAAAUCAGUACACAGACUGAUCGGGUGCCACCCCCGAGGGCUUUGUUGAAACGGCAAGCAACUAUAGACGAGGAGAGUGAAGAACCUGCUCGACAAAACUUCCGACUUUUACAACCACCGAACAAUUUCUAUAUUACGGAAAUGUUGGAUGAUUUGAGAGCACCCUCCUCCUCAAUUUCCCUCUCCUCCCCAGAUGAAUACCAUCCCACCAGCACUGCACCAAUGAACAAUCACGCCGAGAAUCAUCUGAUGGGCCUGAAUUAUGACGCCUCUACGAUACAGAAUGGUGUGAGCAGUAAUGGAGUUGCUCAUCCUCCUACAGUACCUACAGUACCACCAGUCGCUGCGAGACCAGUCUACGAUCAACAGCCAUCGUGUUCCAAUCAGAAUCCGUCUACAUUUUAUAACUUCCCCCCUCCACCCGGUUACCCACCUCUUAACGCUGGUUAUACUCCAAAUAUCAACUAUCCUCAACUCUAUCAACAACCCCAAUAUUACAAUUUUCCCGCUCAAAAUGUAGAUCAAACUUACCCAUAUUCUCAAGACAUUCCCCCACCUCAACCAUAUUUCUACAACCAAAACCCUCAAAAUUAUCCACAUCAUCAUAACAAUUUUCAGAAUCAAUACGCGUCAUGA